CUACUACUAUGCUUCUUUUGGUUUCUAUUUCUAACGCAGUUUCAUGCCUUUUUUAAAAAAGAAUUUCCAACCUCAACGGAGACCAAUCGGAAGAAAUGACGACGGCGGAGGGGUUCCGGGUACUGGACGAGAAGUCAUUGAGGGAAUAUAUCAAAGCCACGCCAUCUUUGGCUUCGAAGCUGGGGACUCAUGAACUUGAUAACUUGGACAUCAAAGAAGUUGGGGAUGGCAAUCUCAAUUUCGUCUACAUCAUCAUCUCUCCAUCUGGUUCGCUUGUCAUUAAACAGGCUGUGCCUUAUAUCCGUUUAAUCGGUGAAUCAUGGCCGAUGACCAAAGAAAGAUCGUAUUUUGAAGCCACAGCUCUUAAACGUCAACAUGAUUUAUCCCCUGAACAUGUCCCAGAAGUUUAUCACUUUGAUAAAACCAUGUCAUUGAUUGGUAUGCGAUACAUAGAGCCUCCACAUAUAAUCUUGAGGAAAGGACUGAUCGCUGGAGUUGAGUAUCCAUUAUUAGCUGAACAUAUGUCAGAAUUUAUGGCCAACACUCUGUUUUACACCUCCCUUCUUUAUCUCACAACCACACAACACAAAAGUGCAGUGGCUGAAUUUUGUGCAAAUGUGGAGAUAUGUAGGCUGACAGAGCAAGUGGUGUUUUCAGACCCUUACAAGAUUUCAGAAUUUAAUCGUUGGACAUCACCUUUUCUUGAUACUGAUGUUGAAGCUAUUCGGAAUGAUAAAAUUUUGAAGCUUGAGGUUGCUGAGCUAAAGUCUAAGUUUUGUGAAAAAACACAAGCUUUAAUACAUGGUGAUCUUCAUACUAGUUCUGUUAUGGUUACUAAAGAUUCAACCCAAGUAAUCGAUCCAGAAUUUGCUUUCUAUGGACCAAUGGGGUUUGACAUUGGUGCUUUUAUUGGAAACUUAUUUUUGGCUUAUUUUGCACAAGAUGGACAUGUGGAUCAUGAGAAUGACCGAAAAGCAUAUAAAGCAUGGAUACUGGAUACGAUAGCAAACACUUGGAAUCUUUUUUAUAAAAAGUUUACAUCUCUUUGGGAUAUACACAAAGAGGGACCUGGUGAGGCAUACCUUCAUGAAAUUUAUAACGAUUUGGAGCUUCGGGAGCUUGUGAAACAGAAAUACAUGAUGGAUUUGUUCCAUGAUUCUCUUGGAUUUGCUGCUGCCAAAAUGAUAAGGCGAAUUGUUGGGGUGGCUCAUGUGGAGGAUUUUGAGUCGAUUAGUGAUCUUGUGAAAAGAUCAGAUUGUGAACGAAGGGCUCUUGACUUUGCCAAAAAUCUUAUGAAGAAACGAAGAAAUUUCAACACCAUUAUUGAUGUUAUCUCUGUGGCUUAGUAACAACUCCAUAUAUAUAUAUAUAU